AUGGUUCCUUCUCCACCCAUAUCACCACCUCUACCGCCAAUUGAAAAUCAAGUACCACCAAUACCGCCUCGUUCAAGACAUCCAUCACGCCAAGAACAAACAACCUUAUCACAUCAACAAAAGACAACAAAAACACGUAAUUUCUUGAAACUCGAUGAACUACCAUCUCCAGCUCGUGAAUGGCAAUUAUUAGAAUACAUUAGUGACGGAACAUAUGGAGAAGUUUUUAGAGCUAGAAAUAUACGCACUGGUGAGUAUGCCGCUGUAAAAAUAAUGAAUCCGACCAAUGAAGUAAUGGAAGAAAUUGAACAAGAAUAUCGUGUUUUAUUAGAAUUAUCUACACAUUCAAAUAUUUGUCGAUUUUAUGGUGCUUAUUACAAACGUUUACAGCCCGUAUUAGAUCAAAAUGUUUCGUUCAAUGAGUUAUCGUCGUCUACGACGACUCAAAAUGAUCAGGAUUUGUAUAGUAUGAAUAGUUGUGUUAAUAAUACAAUCCAAUUUGAUCAAUUAUGGCUUGUCAUGGAAUUAUGUACAAGCGGCAGUGUUACUGAUCUAGCUAAAUCAUUAUUGAAAGCGAAUCAACGCCUGGAUGAAUGUAUUAUUGCAUAUAUCUUACGUGAAACACUAAAAGCCUUACAUCAUUUGCACACUCACCAAAUUAUUCAUCGAGAUGUUAAAGGACACAAUAUACUCAUUACACAUGAUGGACACAUAAAAUUAAUAGAUUUUGGAGUAUCAGCUUAUGUGAAUAUAAGCAACGGAAGACGAAAUACAAGUGUUGGUACACCAUUUUUCAUGGCACCAGAAGUUAUUGCCUGUGAAAGACAAAUGGAAUAUGAUUAUGAUACGAGAGCCGAUGUAUGGAGUACAGGCAUUACAGCUAUAGAAAUUGCUGAAGGUGAGCCACCAUUAGCAGAAUUACAUCCCAUGAGAGCUCUGUUUACGAUACCACGUAGUCCACCACCAACACUCCAUUAUCCAAAUGAAUGGUCUAUCGAAUACAAUGAUUUUAUUCGACAAUGUCUAAUUAAAGAUUUUGAAACACGCCCGACUGCAGCACAAUUACUCAAUCAUCUGUUCAUCACAAAAAUAUCAUCUGAUGAGUUAGAAUUGCGUCGUCAUAUUGUCUAUUUGAUACAAAAAUAUAAGCCAUGUUAUGAUUUGUGUGCGAAAAAGUCAUGUCGAGAAACAUGUGGUGUUAAAAACGGGCAUAUACGAGGGAAACUCGAUACAUUUACACCUUUACAACAGCAACCAACGCCACCAGUGUCUACUUCAUUUUAUUACGCUCAGUCAGAUCAUUUGUCAAAUAAAAUUGAGCAAUCGUCGCAACAUCAGAUUAUUAAAAGAUCUUAUCAACCCCCACAUCAAUUAGAACAACAACACAUAAAACGACUGGCACCUCCACCACCUGAAAACGGAGAAAAUCAUUCACCAUACAAUGGAAUUGUGCAAAAAUCGGCACCUUUUUACAAAUCAAAAAGAAAAUCACAGUCACGUCGAGAUCAACAACAAUACUCCAAAGUAAUAGUAUCACAACGUCCAGUACAACCCAUUAUUAAUGGAAGUUCAAAUGAUAUCCAUUACCCAACGCAAAUCGGUUUGAUUGAUAUUAUUCAUCAAUCGAAUCCAUCGCAUGAAUCUCAUCCAACAUUUUAUUUACAUGAAAAUAAUUUAAUCACAAAAGAUACGAUCGUUCAUCAUCCUUCACCAAAAAAAGAUAAUCAGAAAAUGACAAAUGUUUAUAAUUCAACCUAUGAUUCGAAUUAUCCGAUUAAUUCAUCCAAUACUUUUGUUCAACCGCCUCUAUUAUCAUCAUUAACUUGGACAACAUCAGCCACUGAUGAUCUAGCACAAUUGGAAACAUUUGAUGAACAAAGUAUCAUUACUUGUAUGUAUAAUCGAUUUUUAUCAAAUCAAAUUUAUACAUAUAUCGGCGAUAUUCUUGUUGCUGUUAAUCCUUUUCGAUCAUUACCAAUCUAUGGAAAAGAUAUGAUGUUACGUUAUCGUUCAAGUAUUAAAUCUGAACAACCACCUCAUAUUUAUGCAUUAGCUGAUUUUACAUAUCAGGCAAUGUUACAUAAUCUUGAAAAUCAAUGUAUCGUUAUAUCAGGCGAAAGUGGAUCAGGAAAAACUCAAUCGGCUAAUUUUAUUGUCAAACAGUUAACAUUUCUUGGUGGUGCGCCAAAUAAAUCAUUACAAGAAAAAAUUUUACAAAUAAAUCCAUUAAUUGAAGCAUUUGGAAAUGCUAAAACAAUUAUUAAUGAUAAUUCAUCUCGUUUUGGAAAAUAUCUAGAAAUGUUAUUUACAAAAAAUGGACGUGUUACAGGUGCAUGUUUAUCUGAAUAUUUAUUAGAAAAAACACGUGUUGUUAAUCAAGGUCAAGCAGAAAGAAAUUUUCAUAUAUUCUAUUAUUUAUAUUAUGGUUUGGCAUCUUCGUCAACUACGAUGAAUACAGAUAAUGAAAAUACUUAUUUUUUAUCAACAAAUCAAACAUAUCGUUAUUUGAGUACAGGAUUAUUAGAUGAUAUCGAUUUUUCAAACGGAUUUAAAUCAAAAUUUUUAGCAAUUGAAAAAUGUUUUGAAAUAAUUGGAUUUAAAUAUGAUGAAGUUCGAUCAAUUUAUCGUAUAUUAGCUGGAUUAUUACAUUUGGGUAAUCUUUGUUUUCAUCAAAAUGAAGGACAUUUUAUUGAUGGAAAAACCUGUUUAACCGAUAAACAUUUAUUAAAUAUUGUUAGUCAACUAUUUGGUCUCGAUGUAAAUGAAUUUGAUUUAGCAUUGACUACAUGUAAUAUCGUUACGCGAGGUGAAACAAUUUCUCGAUCAACAACAUUGCAAGAAAGUCAAUCAACUAGAGAUGCAAUGGCUAAAGCAUUAUAUAAUCGUCUAUUCUCAUGGAUUGUUAAUAAAAUAUCAGCUCUAUUAGCUCCUACACCAUCAUCAUCGUCAGCAGAAGCAGCAACGGUUAAAACAACAAAAUCAACUACUCACAAUGAUGAUCUAUUUGUAUACAAUGAAAAUUGUAAUAAUAAUAAUAAUAAUAAUGAUGAUAGUGAAGUAGAUGAACAGAAUAGUGUUAGUGAUGAUGCUGAAUCAACAUGUUACAUUAAAUAUGAUAAUAAUUGUUCAUUAUUAAAAACAUUUGCUGGCCAACACACAAUAGAUGAACCACCAUUAAUUACACGUUAUGCGAUGCGUCAAACUCUUGAUGAACUUAAAUGUGCGACAAAACACAUUAUACAUACAGAUGAUAUUUAUUAUUUUUCACCAAUUUCUAGUGAAAAUUUAAAUUGUAAUAACAAUAAUAAUACAACUGUUACAACUACAACAAGUUAUUCAUCUAAGGCAGCAACACCAUCACCACAAAAAACAAAAGUCAUACUCACAUCAAAUCAUGAAGAUACAACGGUUAAAAAUUUAAUUGAAAAUUGGUCAAAAAAUAGUAAUCGUGCCUCAUCAUCAUCAAAUUGGAUUCAAAUUGCUGAAAAGAAACAAUCAUUGAUGAAACCAACUGUCAUUAAUGGAAAUGGUUUUCAUGGUCAUUUUAAUGGAAGUAAUGGUUUAAUUAAAACUAAUGGAAAAACUACAAGUGAAAUAAAUUUGGCUAUGAGAAAAAAAACUGUUGAAAACAAUACAAAACAUUAUCUAUCUUCAAAUAAUAUAUCAGGACCAUUAUUAUAUGAUACAAAAGUUAAUAAAAAACAAAAUGAAAUAAAAUUAGAAAAAUUUGUUCAAAAUAAUAAUAAUAAUUCUAAUAAAGCAACAACUGAUGAAGACAAUAAGGCAUUUAAAAUAGCUAUUCUAGAUAUAUUUGGUUUUGAAAAUUUUUCAACAAAUUCAUUUGAACAAUUAUGUAUUAAUAUUGCUAAUGAACAAAUUCAAUAUUAUUUUAAUCAACACGUAUUUGCAUGGGAAAAACAAGAGUAUAUAAAUGAAAAUUUAAAUAUAAUGUCUAUAUCAUCAAAAAUGGACUUUACAUUCUAUGAUAAUCGACCCUUAUUAGAUAUGUUUUUGAAUAAACCAGUUGGUAUAUUAGCUUUAAUUGAUGAAGAGAGUCGAUUUCCAAAAGCAACUGAUUAUACACUUGUUGAUAAAUUAAAUUCAAAUAUGCAUUCAACAUCAUAUAUACGUUCAAAAUCAAGUUUUUCAGCCAGUUCUCAACAUUCAGCGUCCUCAUCAUCAUCUACUUUACAAUCAAUUCCAUCAUUUUCUAUCAUACAUUUUGCUGGUCAAGUACAAUAUGAUGCUCGAGGAUUUUUAGAAAAAAAUCGUGAUUAUUUAGCACCAGAAAUUAUUCAAGUAUUACGACAAUCUGAUGUACAACUUGUUAGUUCAUUAUUUCAAUUACCAUUAACAAAAACAGGUACUUUGGCUGAAAGUUCAGCAGUAGGGAGUGAAACGAAUGGUGUUAGUAGUUGUACAACAUCAUUUUUGGGAUUAGAAACACCAAAUGGUGGUGAUGAUAUUCAAAUUGUUCCAAAAACAUUGAUACCAAUGAGUGCUAGUCAUAAUCGUGUACAAGCCACCGUUAGUACCUAUUUUCGAUAUUCAUUAAUGGAUCUAUUAUCAAAAAUGGUUAGUGGAGCGCCACGAUUUGUCCGAUGUUUUAAGCCAAAUAAUGAUCGUGUACCCGGUUAUUUUGAUGCUCAAAAAGUUUUACAACAAUUAAAAUAUAGUGGAAUAUUAGCAGCAACAAAAAUACGUCGUUACGGUUUUUCACAUCGUAUACCAUUUGCAAAUUUUAUUCAACGUUAUUCUCUACUCGUCUAUCCAGCCACAAUCGAAUUACCUGUAUGUCGAGAAAGUUGUGAAAAUAUUCUACAUGAAUUAAAAUUGCAUAAUUGGGUAAUAGGUAAAACAAAAGUAUUUUUAAAAUAUUAUCAUGCUGAACAAUUAACACGUAUGUAUUCUGAUAUGGUAAAAGCCGUUGUAACAAUUCAAUCGUAUGUACGUAUGAAACAAGCAAAAAAUAAUUUAAAAAAACGAAAACAAAAAUAUCAACACGAAUCACUUGUAAAAGAAUUACGUCAACAAAAAAAAUUUAAUGAACAACAUGAUUUAUUACAAUCAUCAGUAGUCAUCAAUUCACAUGCUGUUUGUGAAUACGUAUCAAUUCAUGAUGAAAAAUUAACUGAUGCUCAGCGACGUCAACUAGUGUUAGACAAUGAUCGUUUUCAUUCUGCUGUUUUACGAAUACAAUCGUGUUUUCGUGGAUAUUUACAACGAAAUAAAUAUUAUCGAAAAGAAAAUAUUCAUGCAGCCAUUAUCAUUCAAAAAACAUAUCGUAUGCAUGUUGUACGUAAAGCAUUCAAUGAAUUACUGAUGGAUAAACAACGUUUACAAACACAAAUAUUAUGCUUUUUACAACAAAUUGAGCUGAUUAAUAGUGAAUUUUAUUCAAAAAUUGUUAAAAGUAAUUUUAAUGCGAUGGUGAAAUCAAACAAUAACAAUAAUAAAAUAUAUGGAAACAAUUUUUUUCCACCACCACCAUCCUCACCGUUGUUUUCUCAAUUGAGAUUAUUUUCUGGCACAAUAUCAGAUAGAGAUAAUGACAAUAGUUCAUCUUCCAAUGUUAUAAAAGAUUCUCAAUAUAUCAAAUUUCAACAGACGUCACAAAUAAGUACACUAAAACAGAAACAAGAUAUGGAUUAUGAAGAGAAAUCACACGGUCCUAUGUUAAUGACUAGCAACGGUCAACAUGCUAUAAAUCAUGCUCCGAAAUAUCCCCCUGUGACUUCGGUUGUGCGUAAUACAACUGAAAAUCGUAUAACGUCGCCGAUAUUGAUUAAUCAACGUCAAACAGAAAAUGAUUCGACAGUUGGAUAUCAUGCACGAUCAUCAAUGCCAAUAUCUAAUUUUGUUCAAGUCCGAGAAAAAUUUGUUCGAGCAGCAAAUGCUAUCUCACCUCAUUUUAUUCCCUCGUCACGUAAUAUCCCUCUAUCACCGUUACCAAUUCUUCAAACACCAUCAAAUUCUGUAUCAUCACCGAAGUUAAAUAAUGUGUAUAUCCAUGGUGGUGAUAUGCCUCGUAAUGGACAUGCAUCUGUUGCCGUUCUAGCAGCUGUUCAAGAAUACCAACGUCAACAUAUUCAAGGAAAUAAUUCGAACAAACGAUUUCUUCAACAACAUCAUCAUUUAGCUCCACGUUCAAAUAAUGUUGGUGGAGCUAAUAUUCUCAGGCAUCAAUUCAUAUCACAACAUCAUCCACGUUUGCCAUUAGUGAAACCUCUAUCCAUGUCACAUACUCAUCUCAAUCACAUUCAACAAUCAAAUAUUCGUCAUAUAUCUACAUAUCAGCCUCAAACUACAACAACAAUUUAUUCAUGUCCAACAGACUAUUCUACACAUUCUCAAGAAAAAGUCACUGAGACUUCAACGCAUUGUACUGAUACACUACCCCGUUUUUCAUUUCGUGUACUAUUACGAAAAACUGGACAAGAUUUGAGUAGUGGACAAACAUUAAGCAAAAAGAAAAUUCUCGAAACACAGCAAGUCGAUUUUCGUGGAGUAUUAAAACCAAGACAAGUCGAUCAACCUCAUAUAUUAUCAAAAUCCAAUAGUAGCAACAAUGACGCGGAUUAUUAUCAUCAUAAAGACGAUAAAAAUAAACUCCUAUUGAAUAAUUUAUCCGACUUGUAG